UUUCCAUCUUGCCAAGAACGAUUUUCGUGAUGCUCUGUGCUUAAGAUAUGGCUGGCCUUUAUCAGAUUUGCCCUCGAAAUGUGAAUGCGGCCUCAGUUUUAACGUCGACCAUGUCAUGAUAUGCCAGAAAGGCGGCUUUCCCACGCUAAGGCACAACGAGAUCCGGAACAUCACAGCUGAUCUUCUAAGGGAGGUUUCUACAGAUGUUACAAUCGAACCUGUACUUCGUCCCUUGGAUGGAGAACAGUUUGCGCAUCGCACUGCCAUCACAGAUGAUAACGCUAGGGUCGACAUUUCUGCUAGAGGAGUGUGGAGGCAUGGAGAACGGGCAUUUUUUGAUGUGAGGGUUUUCUACCCAAACGCUGCUACCAACCGCAAACACUCUUCACUCAAAUCCGCCUAUGUGAGUCACGAGAAUGAGAAGAAACGCGCUUACGGUGAGAGAAUUCGGGAAGUUGAGCAUGGGUCUUUCACUCCAUUAGUGUUUACGUCAUACGGAAGCACAGGCCCAGAGGCAACAACCUUCUAUAAGCGAGUGGCAAGUCUGCAUGCAGCCAAGUCAGGAGAGCAGUACAGUAGAAUUAUGCAAUUAAUUCGCUGUAGAUUGAGUUUUGCCCUACUUCGCUCGAGUAUACUGUGUAUCCGUGGAACAAGAUCCUCUACGUAUAGACCUAUCAAAGUGGACCUGCUGGGACUCAUUGAAAGUGAGGCCCACCUAGAUGAGUAGGUGGUGACUAUAGCUUGUGAUAAUAGUUAAGCAUACAGUGUAAUGACGUAAAGUAGUAACUGACUUUUAAUUGUUUGUUUUGCUGCGUGCGUAUAUCUGUCACUUAUAG